AUGAAAGAUGUGCUGCUCUUAGAUCGAACUUCCGGUGCAUCACCUGAAGGAACAUCAUUCCAUUCUCCUGGAUUGGUUACUGCUAGUCAUCCAGCCCAUCGUUACAAGCCCAUUCUCGCUUACUCCAUUGAAUUAUAUGAGAAGCUAGCUAGAGAGAGUGAAGAAAAAGUUAAUUUCAAUCAAGGAGGCACUAUUAGAUUGGCUACCAAUGAGACACGCCUUCAAGAGUUCAAGCGUUACGUUGCUCGAGAUUAUUAUAAAGAAGGUGAUGUUUGUAAGACUUCCUUGUUGACUCCUGAUGAAGUUGCAAAGAUCGCUCCUGAGUUGGAUAUUUCUAAAGUUCUCGGAGCUCUCUACACUACAAACGAUGGAACUAUCUCUGCUCAAGGACUUACCAAGUCUUUGAUUAGAGGUGUACGUGAUUCUGGAGGAGAUGUCCAAGAUGGAGCUGUCCCUACUAUGAUUCGUUAUGACAAAGACAAAGGAGAAUGGCUAGUGGGGCUCGAAGAUGGAACCCUCGUAACAACACGUAAUUUGGUGAAUGCUGGCGGAAUCUGGGCGAAUGAUAUUGCUAAGCUUUCUGGCCACCAAUUGCCUGUUGUGAUUGUUGAGCAUCAAUAUGCUAUAAUUAAACCAAACAAGGCCCCUGCCGAUGGUCCUGCUAUUAUUGAUCACGACAGUACGUUCUAUGUGCGCAAAAGUGGUGACAGUUACAUCUUCGGAGGUUUUGAACCUACUGAGAAGGUUGUUUUCCGUGAGGACUGGUAUAAAAAUGGAGUUCCGAACGUUGGGUCUCGCGGUGUCACUGCAGACUUCUCUAGAUUGGAUCUUGCUCAUCAGAGAGCUUGCGAACUUAUUCCUGAUCUCAGGAAUGCGCAAGUUGAUGCUAAGGCAGCUGUUUUCAAUAUGACUCCCGAUGGAUAUCCAUUAGUUGGACCAUACGAUAAGAACUAUUGGGUGUCGACUGGAUUCCUUGAUGGAGUCAGCAGUGGAGGUGGAAUCGGAAAAUAUUUAGCAGAUUGGAUGAUCGACGGAGAACCGCCUCAAGAGCUCUUCGAUACAGAUGCUAGUCGUUACGACAGAUGGGCUGAACGAGAUUACAUAACUAAGAAGAGCAGAGAAACUUACUCGAUGUACUAUAACUGGUCAUACACCGAUAGAGCUGGUGGUCGUCCAACCAGUCGCGUUAGUGGAGUCUAUGGAAGACUGAGAAACGAAAAAGCUUCUUUCUCGUUCCGUAAUGGGUGGGAAGUUGCCCAAGUUUUUGGUGUCGAUGAUGAAGGGCUCUUGUCUACUCUUUCCAGAGAAUACGAAAGAGUUACAAAUAGAUGUGGUGUGAUAGAUUUGUCAUGGAAAGGAAAGAUAGAAGUAAAAGGCAAAGACGCUGAAGCUCUAAUGGAAUAUGCUAUUGCCGGACCUGUUCCACCUCUUAGAAAAAUCGGAUCAGGACUGAUGCUGACAAGAGAAGGACGUCUUCUCUCACCUCUGAAAAUUUUCCAUCAUGACAAUGCUCGUUCUGCUUUCAUUUUACUCACAGAACCUGAAAGAGAGAGUCGUGAUCUCUUCUGGCUCAGAAAAGCAGCUGCUGAAAAAGACUUCAAUGUACAAGUCAAUUGCGUCUCUGAAUAUUUGGCUUCUCUCGCUCUCGUAGGACCAAACAGUCGUCAACUACUUUCCGGGCUAACUAAGUCUGAUGUCUCAGACGAGGGUUUCCCUCAGAGAUCCACAAGGCUCCUACGUUUAGGUGCCGUCGCCACAGUCUGUGCUCGUAGCUCUACUUCCACUGGACAACUCAGUUACGAACUUUUCCAUAACAGAGCUGACUCUUUCAAACUUUAUGAGGCAAUAAUGAGAGAAGGAAAACAAUAUGGUGUUGCCAACUUUGGUCAAGCUACCAUGAACAUGAUGAGAUUAGAGCACGGUUAUAAGAUUUGGGGACGUGAACUCACUCUUGACACCAAUCCUUAUGAAUGUGGAUUGGGAGGAUUGGUCGAUCUUUCUAAGCCCGAUUUUAUUGGAAAAAGCGCUGCCGAGAAAUUGAAAGAUCAAACUUUCGAAAGAAAACUAGUUCUUCUAACUUUUGAUCCCGCUGAAAACUCUGAAAUUCCUCUCGAAUGGAAAAAUUUACCUUUCGGUAAUGAAGUCAUCAGAAGAGAAGGACAAGAAGAAAGAAUUGGACAAAUUACCUCCGGCUCCUACAGUGUAAGACUGCAGAAGCCUAUUGCAUUCGCAUGGAUCAACGGUGGAAUAACAAGUACCGAGAGACUCACCGUCGAUAUUGGUUUAAAAAAUAACUUGAAAGCUCGCGUGCUUGAAGAGUUACCCCACAGACCAACCCAUUGA